AUGGAAUCACCAGCAUCAACACCCAAGCCGCAGAAACAAGCCUGCGACAACUGUCGUCGGCGAAAGAUCAAAUGCAACCGCGCCAAUCCCUGCGACAAAUGCCAGAGACUACUCCUUUCAUGUACCUACGCUCAUAUUCUCCAGCGGAAGGGCCCGAAGUUCCGCAGGCUCUCUCUGUUGGCGCCACUCCACUCCACAGAUCGUCGAAGCCCGACAUACUGCUCUCAUCCACACAAUGAAGACUCUACAGAAUCGUCAACACGGUCCGGAGAACAAGACCAGGUUCCACCAGAUCUGUACCGGCGCAAUUAUUCAUCCUCUGAAUCCACAUCCUCUCUGAAGACAUUGAACCUCCAAUAUGACUCUGAUAGUAGCGCCCUGUUGCGUCCGCACGCGAGACGCCUCUCAUCACUGGUUCUACUCGCCCAUGCGAACGUGUUCCUGAAGUACUUAUUCCCCAUCAUGCCGGUCGUGCAUCGGGAGCAGUUGCUAUCAGACAGUGCAGAACCGCUCAAACUGUCUCCGCAGAGAUAUGCCUUCAUGGCAUCCCUAUGCGCGGCGACGCAUAUCCAACUGAAUCUCGAUGGAGAUGGGUCGUCCAUGACAGACCCCUCAGGAACAGACUCCAGCAGCACUCACGGUUCAUCAUCUCCGCAUGGGGAGGCUCUCCUGACCGAAGCAGUAAGGGCAAGAGCAGAAUUAGAUCUGCUAAGCAACGUCAACAUCGAAAGCAUAUUAACAUCAUUCUUCUUGUUCGCCGCCUAUGGAAACUUAGACAAAGAAGACCAUGCAUGGUUCUACCUCAGCCAGAGCAUCUCCAUGGCACAUACCCUAGGCUUACAUCGGGAAUCAACAUAUUCCACCAUGGACAUAGUUGAUGCAGAAGAGAGCAGACGAGUCUUCUGGCUACUCUUCAUAACAGAAAGAGCAUACGCCCUCCAACGCGCCAAACCCGUAAUGCUACGAAACUCGAUCGAAAAACCCAAAGUUCUCUACGCAGACGACCCCAUCCUCACAUACGGCUUCCUCAACCUCAUCAACAUCUUCGAAACCCUCACAGUCAAUCUCUACGACUGGGUCUCCACCGGCUGCGAUAGCAGAUACUCCGAACUACCGCCCACGCGCACCAUCCAAUCCAACCUCUCCAACCAGAUCACGCUAGACGGCGUGCUUGAGAUUCAACAAGUCGAUAUCCUCAUCACGCAGCAAUGGCUGCAAGCUAAAAUGUGGGCUCUUUCUUUCCUGGCUCAUCAUCGUCAUCGUCAUCGUCACCGUCACUCUUCUUCUUCUUCUUCGCAACAAUCCAUAAUACCUAUCUCUACUACUACCAGAGGGCCGGUUCUUCCUUUCCAUCUUCCCAUUUUGGUAGGAAAAGCCGUGAUGGACGUGAUAGGUUCAGUAUCGCAGGGCGCGCUCGAUGCGCAUGGAAUAGGGAUGGAACAAAAACUCUUCGACCUAGGCACCUCCAUCGCAGACGUAGCAUGCUCAUUACGCUUCGCAGCCACACAACGCCUCGCAUUAACAAUCAUCGACCCCCGCGAACUUCUCUGGGGUAUGCUCAACGCAUUAUCCAAAAGCAGGGGCUCGCAAUCAUAUCUCUUUCCAGAACUCCUGGAACGCUCAAGGAGUAUAUUAGGUCUUGAUACGCCUAGUAAUACUAUACAGGACGUGGAGUCAGAUCUGUUGUUUUGGGUUGAUAAUGCUGAUAGUGGCACUGACGCGAACAUUGACAAUAACAUUGACAUUGACAUUAACAUUAACAAUCAUGAUGAUAUGUCUGAUGAUACUGAGAAUUAUUGUGAGGUUGAAAAUGGAAACUAUACGCUGGGUAUGGCUUCAGCGUUGGUUAUUUGA